UUCACAAUUCAAAGUAAAAAGGUUGCCUCACUUUCGCAGCCAAAUAUGACCAAUGCCAGUCUUGCUCUUCUUCAUUCUCUUCUUUUCCACGAGAUAGGUAUUUGGAACAUGAAGAUUCAAAGAAGCACAGUGCAUCCCUACAAAAGCAAUGCCUGAGCUAGUAAUAAUCAACUGGGUGGGUUUCUUUCCAUGGAAUCUAGUAACAUGAAAAUUUUCACUUUCUCAUAGUAUUUAUAAUUGUGAGCUAGGUUUUUCAGUUAUAUAUCUACGAGAACUCGGAUAUAACGAGUGAAGUUCAAUAUUGAGUAGGAUCAUGGCUCUGAAGUGGGUAUGGAUAGGGGUGGCGAUUAUGUUUUUGUCAGAGACGUGGUGGUGUGAUGGUUGUUGGGAGCAAGAGAGAAUUGCUCUCUUAAAGCUUAAGCCUUUCUUCGGCAGUCCUCUUGCUCUACAAAACUGGGUAGAUGCAGAGGACAAUUCAGAUUGUUGUCAAUGGGAAAGAGUCGAGUGCAACAACACCACAGGGAGAGUGUCCCAACUCUCUUUAAAUGAUACAAGUGCCUAUUGGAUUUCAGGGAAAUGGUAUCUUAAUGCUUCUCUGUUUCUUCCAUUUGAAGAAUUAACUAGUCUCUCCUUGAAGGGGAACUCUAUAUUGGGUUGUGUUGAGAAUGAAGGUUUUGAGAGAUUAUCGACAAGGUUGAGCAAUCUGGAGGUUCUUGACUUAAGUUUCAAUUCCUUUAAUGAAAGCACAUUGCCAUCUUUAAACGUAUUUUCAUCUCUCAAAUCUCUAAAUCUUGGAUAUAAUCAGUUCACAGCACCAAUUCAAGUACAAGAUUUGCCCAAUUUAGAGAAUUUGGAAGAGUUGUACUUGGAUCAGAUUUCGCUCAACAAUAGCUUUCUUCAAAUGGUUAGAGUUAUUACUUCUCUAAAGGUUUUAUCAUUGUCUAGUUGUGGACUAACUGGCUCAUUGCCAAAUGCUCAAGGACUUUGUGAAUUGAUACAUCUCCAAGUGCUAGAUAUCAGCAACAAUAGUCUCCAGGGUAACUUGCCUUGGUGUAUGGUUAAUUUAACAUCAGUCCAACUGUUGGACCUCUCUUCCAAUCAAUUUUCUGGAAAUAUCUCCAAGUCUCCCCUUACGAAUCUCAUUUCCCUUGUGGACCUAGAACUUUCAUACAAUCACUUCCAAAUAUCACUUUCAUUAGGUCCAUUUUUUAACCAUUCAAACAUCAAGCACAUCAAUUGUCAGAAUAAUGAAAUAUAUGUGGAACCAGAGUUGCAUUCAGCCCCCAAAUUUCAGUUACAUUCCAUUCUUCUAUCUGGUUGUGGAAGCUGUGGACCCUUACCAAACUUUUUCUAUCAUCAACAUGACCUGAAAAUAGUUGAUCUCUCAAAUAUGACCUUGCAAGGGGAUUUUCCAAACUGGCUGUUAACAAACAACACAAGGUUGGAAGUACUUUAUCUCGUAAAUAAUUCUCUUUCAGGACAUUUUCAGCUUCCAGUUUAUCCUCAUAUUAAUCUGUUGGAGUUAGAUAUUUCCAGUAAUAGCUUCCAGAGCCACAUUCCCUUGGAGAUUGGAGCAUAUUUCCCAAACUUGAAAUAUUUAAACAUGUCCAAGAAUGGCUUUGACAGUAGCAUUCCCUCUUCUUUUGGCAAUAUGAAAUCUUUAGAGAUUUUGGACUCAUCCAGCAAUCAAUUGUCGGGCAUCAUACCUAAACAGUUGGCCGUUGGUUGUUUCUCAUUACAUACCCUUGUCUUGUCAAACAACAAUUUGCAAGGUCACUUGUUCUCUGAAGAUUUCAACUUGACAAACUUGUGGUGGUUACAAUUGGAUGGAAAUAACUUCAGUGGAAGGAUCCCUAAUUGCUUGUCCAAGAGCUCUUUGUCAAUUCUGGAUCUCAGUGAUAACCAUUUCUCGGGGAGGAUCCCUUGGUCGAUAGGCAAUUUGACAUAUUUGCAGAACCUUAUUAUGUCAAAUAAUCAUCUUGAAGGUGCAAUUCCAUUGGAAUUUUGCCAACUUCUCUAUCUUGAAGUUUUGGACCUUACAAACAACAAUGUCUCUGGUAUUUUACCAUCUUGCUUUAGGCCUUCAUCAAUAAUACAUGUUCACUUGUCUGAUAAUAGGAUAGAAGGACCAAUGACAAGUGCACUUUCAGACAGUCGUUUCCUUGUUACAUUAGAUCUUAGCAAUAACCACAUAACUGGUAGAAUUCCAAAAUGGAUUGGCGGUCUUCCUGCAUUGAGAUUCCUUCUCCUGAAGAACAACAAUUUUGACGGUGAAAUCCCACUUCAAAUGUGUGAGUUCUACAGCUUAAGCUUGAUAGAUCUUUCUAAUAACAACCUUUCCGGUCCCAUUCCUUCUUGUUUUGCAAUUGAUCACCCUGAUGUCUCUUCACCUCCUAAGAUUUCCAGCUCUUUGCCUCCGCCUCCUCCUCCCUCUGGACCAAAGUUGCCUCCCUCCUCCCAUUCUUUAAUGUUUACAACAAAGCAUUUUUCCUACUCUUACCAGGGAAAAAUUCUCUCAUAUAUGUCUGGGAUUGAUUUCUCAUGCAAUAAACUAGUGGGCGAGAUUCCUCCUCAAAUCGGAAACCUUAGUAAGAUCCACACGCUGAAUCUGUCACACAAUAGGUUUACGGGUCCAAUCCCAGAAACAUUUUCAAACCUGAAGCAAAUUGAGAGUUUAGACUUUUCCUAUAACAAAUUAAGUGGGCAGAUCCCUUCUCAGCUUACCCAGCUAAACUUUUUGUCAGUUUUUAGUGUGGCACAUAACAACCUAUCUGGCAAGACACCGGAAAGAACUGAACAAUUUUCAACGUUUGAAGCAAGUAGCUACGAGGGAAAUCUUUACCUCUGUGGACUGCCAUUGCCUAAAAGUUGCACUUCAACUGAAUCAUCAUCUUUGCCUAGAGCUUCGGCAAUGGAAGAAGAAAGUGGUUUUCUUGACAUGAACAUAUUCUACGUUAGUUUCACAGUCUCCUACAUAUCUGUGCUGCUAGUGAUCUUCUUAGUUCUAUACGUAAAUCCCCAAUGGCGACAAGCAUGGUUUUAUCUAAUUGAGAUGUGCAUUAGCUCUUGCAACUAUUUUGUUGUAGGCAACAUGCCUAAGCUAUUCUGGUAUAGAAAUAAAUAGCUUCCACAUUCUUUUUGGAAUUAAUAGAUUGUAACAGUUGAACACAAUCCUAAAUAAUUGGAUAUGCAGAUUUAGCAACAAUUUUUUAGGUUCA